AUUAUUCUAUCCUCCCCUGCCGACUGGAAGCACUGGUUCCUUACUGUGCAGACCAAAGCCAAAUCCGAGGAUAUUUGGGACUAUUGCAACCCCUCCAAGCCUACCACCGAUCCUACUACCCAGCUUAACAAGCCUGGCUGGCCUGCCGUACCGGCAGCGGCCAACGCCACCGACACCUGGACACCUGCAGCCCAAUUAAGCUGGAAACAAGACCAGGAGGAUGCUCGCAUCAAGCUAGCCAGCUACAGCUCCAAACAAGAGGCCCUUAACAAGCUCCGUGUUCAUAUCGUUGAAACAGUAGCCACACGUUAUAUUCCUCUUAUCAGCCAAUCAGAAUCAGCACACGAUAUGCUGAUUGCCCUCAAGAAUCAGGUUGCUCCAUCCGACCAUGUACGCCGCUACGAGCUACAAACACUAUGGCAGCGGCAACGGGCAUUUCCACAAGAUUCAAGCAUUGAACAAUGGCUCCAGGAUUGGAAUGUGCUCUAUGUAGAGUGCAAAGAGCUACAGCUACCUGAAGCAACCGAGACCAGGGCACAGCACGACUUCCUAUUGUCAAUUCAGUCAAAGAAUCCAGAGUUUUCCACAUACUGGCAGAACAAGAUCUAUAACCGCACCACCCGAGCUAAGGCUGCCCCUACGCUGCAGGAACUAGUUGAUCUAUUCCGUGACCAGCGGCGGAGGGCUCUAGCUAUUGAAGGCACAGUUACCAGCCACUCUGCAUUCGCAACAACCCUCAAUGGUGUAGAGUUGAACCCACCAGCUACGCCGGCAGCCACGCCGGCAGCCACGCCGGCAACCACACAGGCCUCCACAGCCAGCAGGCUAAAUAGCUACAAACAGCUUCCAAAAUGCAUCUGCGGAGACCGGCAUUACUAUUCAGACUGCCCGUACAUCUGUGCAAACAAGCGACCAGAUGGAUGGGAAAGCGACCCAGCUAUAGAAGCCAAGCUUCACAACAACGUUCAAAAC